CGGGAACGGUGUGGAGCAGCCAAUCAGCGUGCGCGUCAACCAUCGCAGCCCGGAAGAAGGAAGCUCAAACCGAAAAGAGCGCCUUGAUUAAAAGUGGGAACGUUAUACCUGAAGAUUGCAGUGUCCUCCUCGUCACUGUGACCAUGAGCUUCUGCCCUGGUCCGCCCGCCCCCCCGGGGGGCACCAGCAUCCAGGAGCAGAGGGGCCGCUGGGAGAGGAAACGCAGCCGCACAGCCAGAGAGUUGGUGCAGACAGAACAGCGCUACGUCCAACAGCUGCAGCUAGUCACCACGUACUUUGUGGAGAUCUUGAAGGCCAAAGGAACCCUGAGGCAGGACAUUAGAGAAAGCAUCUUCAGUUCAAUUAAAGCCAUUCAUUCAGUAAACCAAUCCCUGCUUGUCCAUCUGGAGAAUGGCUACUUUGGCCGAGGCUUCGACCAGAUGUGUCCACAUCUGCACCACUACAACACGUAUGUGGACAACAUCUAUAAUGCCAGCAAAGUGCUCGGGGUCCAGCUGAAGAAAAACAAGGCCUUCAGACGUUUUAAGAAACUACAGGAAGCCCGACCAGAGUUCAACAACCAGAAGCUCGAAGACUUGCUUCAACUUCCCGUUCAGCGGAUCGACCAGUAUAAGCAUUUCCUCCAGGACCUGACUGCCAACACAAGUCCUGACAACCCAGAGUUUCAGCAGCUUUCAAGGGCGGUGAGUGCAGUGUGCGACGUCUCCCAGCGUAUCCAGGAUAACGCCCGGUGCCAUGAGAACCACCUGCAGCUUUGCCGGGUGCAGAAACUGCUGAAAGGGCGAAAGACGAAAGUGUCGGCCGCAGGGCGGUGGUACAUCCGGGAGGGCUGGCUGAAGGUGGUUCCUCCUAAAGGUGCAGACGUUCAGCCCAAGAUGUUCUUCCUCUUCUCUGACAUGCUGCUGCAGGCCAAGCGCUGCGGCCCGCUGCGGCUGUCCAGCGGAGACAGGUUUUCGGGCCAGCGCGCCUACCCCCUGCAGGACUGCACCGUGGAGAAGGUGUUUGGCCACACCCGGAGCCAGGGAGGCCUGCUCAGCCUAACCUUCCCCAAGGCCAAACUCCUGCUGAUGUCCUGCAACCAGGAGGAGCUCAAUGACUGGUACCAGAGCCUGAGCUCCGCUGUCGGGAAGCUGCAGUCUAAGCAGACCGUAGUGCAUCAAAGAGAUGAGUUGUGCCGCAGACCGCUUGGACCAGCCGCGGCCGCCGCCGACACAGCCGGCAGCAGGAAGAGGAACAUGGUGAGCGGUGAGACCAGUGAGCAUGCUCAGAAGCCUCCAGCUGAGUGGGGGGGCAGCGCCCCCAAGCGGAUGAAGCAGUGUGACGCUCCGGAGCAGAGCAGUGCAGAGGCGUCCACCUCCAGCUGUGUGAUCCUCUGAUGGGAUGCCGUCUGAGAUGUUUCACUUCAGGCCCGUGCCACACAUGCAGCUGCAACAGUUAGUUUUACUGUGCGAGUCAGGAGAUUGGAUGAUUACUAACAGCAGCUGCAGCCUCUGCUCAUCCUGUGCAAUAUAAACUAACCAUCUGGAUCUGCUGCUUUAAGAUAAUAUAAUAUAAACUAACAAUAUAUAAAGACCAAAUAUCUGAAAGUUUAACUCUGAGCACCAUGUUGCUUCUGCUUGUCUCCACGACCCUUUUCCCGGUCGGUACCUGAAUGCACCACUCCCCCAGUCUUCUCAGUCAUGUGAUGUGACACUGCGUUUACAGGCCACACACAUAUCUGGAUAUACAUCUUUGAGAAAUAUUGAGCUUAAAUCAGAGGAGGACGGCAGUGUAACGGGGAGCCUCCUAUCCUGUCACAUGAUGGGAGCAUUCUGUCCAAUCAGCUUCUUUCUGACGGGAGGAAACACACGCCUUCACUUUGUCAUGUGACACUGAUGUCAUGAUUCAGGAAUUCACCACACUUACCAGGAAGCAAUAUUACGAAUCCCACUAUGGCCACGGCAAGACCCGCCCUUCAAUAGCAUUUAUUGGCCAGGCGUCCAUGCUUACACUAGGUAACGUAACCCCAUUGGUACAGGUCUAUC